CUUCAUUCAUUAUUUUAAUUAUCUACAAUUAUUAGGCGACGGAUAAUGAAGCGGGUUCAACAGGAAACUGGACAAAGAGUACUUUUCACAGGACCAGACGGCAUUGGAGAUUACCGUCCCAGGUUGGACUAUUUUCCCCGCAGCAUUGGAAUCGGUGCUUUAUCUCCAGAUGCCACGAGGGAUCUCGAAUACCUUUUCCGGCCUGCCCCACAGGCGACCCCGCCGUUACCGAAGCACUGCUACACCGGGGAGGUGGGCUGGGGUCUUCAGUACUCCAGUCAUCUUAACAGGACUGUUAUCCACAGCAAACAAAAUGAGUUUGACAAAUAUCACUCUGUGGCAGGUGGAGUAACUCACAGCCAGUGGCACACUUCGCCCCAGUUUUGGGACAAGCAACUGCCCUGCACGAACCACAGCACACAUGAUAGGCACAGCGAGGACAACAAUGCAGUUCCUGCUAAACAGGGUGAUAUACUGUAUAAACAAGAGAGACAGUCAUUGUACACAGAGAAAGCUCAAACAGACAGCAUUACUUUUCCCCAAAUAUAGUAUGGAUUGACUGUGGAAAGGCAG